AUACAAAUGUUAAUAAAUUCUAUUUAUUUGUUUCAUUUGUUAUCUAAACCUUGUAUCAAAUAUACUUCAAUUAUCUGUUGUCGCUUCUAUUGCUUACAGCAUACACGUUCUUUGUACUUUGUUGUGAAGGUGUUUCGUAUGGCGCUCUCAUUAACUGUACAUGUAACAGGUGUAGAAUAGUCUACGAGCCUCCAUUAAUUAACUAGUGUCCGUUAUGGCGUUUGGAUAUUUAAGAUUGUCUUGGUGUUAACGUUCAAUGAGGAUAAAUCAUAUAGUUGAUGAUACAAUGAUGACAUAAUUCCGGAGCGACACGCAGUGAAUAGGCUGGGUUUUGUGUGGUUAUAACCGGGUUCACGUUCAGUAUUGACGUUUUGAAUGGUUGCUUCAUUAAGAACAUAAAAGAGCAUGUAUCAAGAUCAUUAAAAUCAGCACUAUCAUUCUGUACUGGAGAUUGGAAGAGAAUUUAAAAUCAGUCUGGUACAAUAUGAAGAACUACAGCAACGAAACAAAGCAAAGUGAAUUGAAAACGGACGAGGAAUGGUAUAAAGAGAUUUUGGAAUUCAUUGCACCAGACACAGAGCACUGGGUUGUGAUUGUGUUGAUUAUCUUCACAUUUCUUUUGGGAAUUGGUGGUAACCUGUUGGUUUGUUUGGCUGUGUGGCGAAACAGAAACCUACGGACUUUGACAAACAUCCAUCUUGUCAACUUGGCCGUGGCCGAUUUUCUGGUCAUUGCUGUUUGUCUUCCGCCCACUCUCCUUCAGGAUGCCAUGGAGUCGUGGUUUUUGGGGACAAUAGGAUGUAAGAUUGUAAUUUAUUUACAGAAAGUGUCGGUGCUGGUGUCUGUUUUAACGCUAACCACUAUCGGCAUUGAAAGAUAUCUUGGAAUAUGUCACCCAAUGUCGGAUUUUCUUCCUUGGAUCAAGACACGUGUUGCUCUGCUAGUAAUUUGGAUUGUUGCCAUGGUGACAGCUAUCCCGGAUGUGUACUACAUGACAGUCAUACCUGACGAUGUCAUACCUCCAACAAUAAACUUAUUGAAAAGUUGUCGAUCAGCGGACAAUGAAGCGGAGAGGACGCAACAAUUAGUCAUAUUUGCUUUCUUCUUCAUUAUACCCCUUGUUAUCAUGAGUUUUGCCUAUUCCAGCAUUUUCAUUUGCCUAUGGCGGAGUACACAAAACUUACCAAAUAUCAACAAUGAACAUUCAGCUAAUGCCGUCAUUUUGAACCGCAAGACCACGGCCAAGAUGUUGAUCGUCGUUGUCGUUGUAUUCUUUGCUUUCAACCUUCCUGUUCAUACAUUAAACAUUUUAAGAUAUUUUGGAGUUCUGAUCGCCGUGGAACAUGCGGAAAUUAAGUCCUUUGCCUUAGCUUCGCACCUUCUCUUGUAUCUCAGCUCCACCAUUAAUCCACUUAUCUACACCAUAAUGAGUGGAAAAUUUAGAAUUGCAUUCCGUAAAAUGAUUUGUACAGACGUAACCAUUUGCAAAUGUAGAAGAAUAGGCCAAAACAGAAGCCAAUCACAUACAACGGAUAGUACCACGACCGGGCCGACAAAGAAUGCCCCCGAGGAGGUUUGCCUGGUCAACUCCAAUACAAUGAAGUAUCCACAAGAUGCUGAAGUAUAGAUGCAAUUCUAACUUGGAAGACGGAGAUAUUGAUAAACCCCAAUCUGAUCGUUUAUAAAGGCAAUAACUUGCUAAUUCUAAAAGUCUACAAUUGUAGUACAAAUUAGAAUCGUUUGUGUAAAAGAUCAAUUAAACAAGUCUCGUAUUGAU